AUGGUCCUUCCAGUUCAGCACUAUGAUAACACUAAAAUUUACAAUGUUUCUGGCUACAACACAGCCAAGCUACCGGAAUGGCUGAUAAAUAAACACAAAAAGAGGUUAAAGAGAGACGCAGAUUUCGGCAAACGGAUAGACUUGAUCCAAGAUUUUGAAUUUCCAGAAGCCUCAAAUCGGCUAAUGCUAACGCAGGAUGGUCAGAGUAUCGUGGCCACCGGUAUUUACAAGCCCCAAAUCAGGGUUUUUGAUCUCAACCACCUAUCUUUAAAAUUUGAACGCCAUACAAAUGCCGAAACAAGAUCUUUUGUGCUGUUAGAAGACGACUGGACAAAGCUAGCUCUUCUACAGUCUGACAGGACCGUUGAAUUCCAUACACAGGCUGGACUUCAUUAUUCAACGAGGAUACCAAAGGCUGGAAGAGAACUCCUUUAUGACAAAGUUUCUGCCGAUCUUCUAAUUUGCGGAUCAUCGUCCGAAAUUUAUCGCUUGAAUUUAGACCAGGGGCGGUUUUUAGCUCCACUUGAAACCGGAAUCAAUGGGCUAAGACAUUUUUCGUCCGUCGACUCGAUUGAACAAAGUUCGCAGCAUCGGCUACUUGCCAUUGGAGGCGAUGGUGGCUUCGUUAUGCUGUGUGACCUGAGGCACCGGAAACCCGUUGGUAGGCUGCCGUUGCCCCGAAACCCCAUUGUCAACUCGACCUCCGUUUCUACAAUGAAGUUUUUUCCGGACGGCCUAAACUUGGCGGUCGGGCUGCAUUCGGGCUCUGUCUUUAUAUAUGAUAUCAGAUCUCCUGACCCGAUAUUGGAAAAAGAGCAUCAGUAUGACCUGCCAAUCAAAAAAAUCGAUUAUCAUGAAAGCAGCCACCAAGUUGUCUCAGCAGACGCUAAGAUAGUCAAAGUCUGGGAUCGCGUCUCAGGCCAGUUGAUGGCCACCAUUGAGCCGCCAUCGCAACUUAAUGACCUCUGUAUACAGCAAAAAACAGGGAUUUUUCUGAUGGCCAACGAAGGGCCACAAAUGCAAAGCUUUUUCAUACCGGCCCUCGGCCCUGCCCCAAAAUGGUGCUCGUUUUUGGAUAACAUCACGGAGGAGAUGGAAGAGAGCCCCCAACCGACCGAGAGAAGACCUUUCAAGGUUUGUGUUGCAUUUGAACGUUUACCUUUUAGCCUGUGUCUGUCCCAUUUGAUUGGAACAAACAUUUUGAAGCCCUACAUGCACGGCUUUUUUAUCGAUUUCAGGCUAUAUGAAAAGGCCAAGGCCAUUGCAAAUCCGUUUGCUUACGAAGAGUACAAGAAAAAACUUGUCAAGGACAAGYUUGCAAAGGAAUCGUCCACCAGAAUUACACGCAAGAACCUUCCAAAGGUCAAUUCUGAACUUGCAGAAAGACUACAGAGCUCUUCCAAAGAUCCUUCCUGUUCCGCGCUUGUUGAUUCCCGCUUUACAGAGCUGUUUUCAAACGCUGACUUUGAAAUCGACCAUGAAUCCAAAGAGUUCAGGCGGCUAAACCCAUCGCUCACGCCUGCAAAGACCACCGCAGAUACAAAGAAAAUCACCCAAAUAUCCACCACAAACAAACACCCUGUUUCCGACGAUGAAGAUGUAGAUUCUGACGAUGAAGAAUAUGGAAUUAGGCGGUGA